UCCUCUCUGUUGGCAUUUGUCGUCAGACAGUUCGGCAAAAUUUCCAUCGACAACGCAGUGCAGCACCUCUCAAUCGCAUCCCGUCUUCCUCCACUAUCCGCAAUCGAGUGACCGAGACGGACCCAACCACGGGACCACUUCCCCCCAAUCUUCGCCAUCACGCCAGCGACCACAACAUGUCCCGUUCAUCGAGAUAAUACCGAAUUCGCGAUCGCAUCGUCUACCUCUUUCGCUGACUGCUACUCAUGAACAUAUUUCUCGCCUUGCGCCCAGUCGUCCGCCCGCCGUUGCUGCUCCCGCGCACGCAAGUGUCGCUCAGCUCCACUAAUACGCUUGACGACGUGAUCUGCCUCUCUGGCAUCCCGUCGUCGCAAUGCCCGACAUCGACCCCGCGGCCUUGAGCAGCCGCCCAUCUGUGAAUCUUUCAACACCGACUCUGUCCACCAAGACCAUCACCGUACAACCCCCCGGGUCCCUCAAAACCUCCAAAACAAGCCAGAUCAUUCCCGCCCGCAUUGACCUUGAGCCGCUAUAUACCGCUUUGAAGCAAGCUAUCGGCCCCGAAGCAUGGGUCGUGUACAAGGAGUCAACAACAGAGUUCCUCGUCGGCCGAUUGAACCAGACCGAGUACUCAGAACGAAUCGAUCCCAUCCUCGCAUCCUCAAAUGGCGAAAGGGAACACCUCCAUAAUCAGCUAAUAGCUGCUAUAUACGGCAAUGUCACGAGGGAGAUGCCGGAUCAGGGGCUUGCCCCUUGGGUCAGCGCCAAUGACAAGCCCGCCGCUCCCGUCGGCAGUAAGCCUGUGUCUGGCGAUGCUGCGGAGCGUCGUCUCAAGGGCGAUGUCAUGCAGCUGCCCACAAAAGACCGUCGGCGCAUCAAGGAUCUGGCUUCAAAUGAUUUCGAUCCUCACGAGAGCCUUUCCAACGUGUUUCUCGACAGUCAUAGGCGACAGCCUAAACCAGCCGAAGUACCGCCCAGCGCAGGAGGCAUUGGCGGUAUCAAUAAGAUGAAUUUUGACUUGGAAAUUCGCAAGCGCUUUGCACAGCCAUUGGCUGUGGAGUCGGGCGAAUUUCCGGACGCCGCUGUAGUCGAAGGCAGGAUGCUACCGUUCUGCUAUGAAGCAGGACUUACAAGCGGCCAUGUUCAAGAAGCGCCACACUUUAUGUCUGUUGCGACAGAAACGUUCAUUAAGGAAUCGCUGGCGGCUAUAUUCUCCAAGACAAGGAGCAAUGGCCCGGGGGAGGGCGGAACCGCCGGUUUCGGCGCUGGUACACAGUGGAUCCAAACACACAAGUAUCGGCAUCAGCUUGUGAAAGAAGAGGAUGCUGCUCUACGAGGCGAGCUUACGCGCGAUAAGAGCGGGUUGUUACCCAUCGAGUCCAAAGCUGCGAGCGAGCGCGGACCCCUUGGCAUGGCAGAUGUACGGAUCGCUCUCGAGAUGGCAGACAGCGGCUUGGCACAGUUCCCCAUCAUCAACACAGCAAUAUCGUACGGGUAUCGCGAAGGAGAGCUUGAGAACUGGCACGACUAUACCUGGCUUCCAGGCCACGAGCCAAUUGGAUCCAAGACAGGAGAAGCCCCCGCCGUCAAGCCGCUGGCUGCCGAACAGCUGCCAAACGGGCACGUCGACGCCAUGGAUAUCGACUCGGAGUCGUGGUGGGAAGGCGCAGAUCCUCAAGACAUGGGCGCUCUUGACUCCGUGCUGGAAUCGUGUCUGGCGGUUGGGUCAUAGUACGGACAACCACCACAACGAUCAUCAUGGGUAUCUAACAGGGACAUCCUCUACUCAAAGCGCUUUCUUCAGGGCAUUCAUCCCAUCUAUACGGACUGGGCGCGCUUAUGGGGUUGGAGAAGAAAGAAAAGGCAUGUUUCAUCUCGUUCCCGGAAUGAUAAAGGGGGGAAGAGGAAGAUGAAUACAUAGUAAGGUUGUUUUGCUGGGUUUUGGAAGUUGGGGAUAUCCAGCAUUGCCCCACGUCAGCAUUAGCAUCAGGAAAGGCGUCGUUGGUUCUUUUUUUUGCCAUUUUUGGCACUUCGGUCGGUUUCUACAUACUCUCUUAUUGACUUUCCCGAGAUAGGAUAUCAGAGGAAGGGGGGGGGAGGGGCUCGUACGCUUUCAACGUCAUCAAAGAAACCAAGGAGGCGUUUAGGGUUCUUUGGCAAAGGAAGGGUUCUGUACAGUAAGGACGAUACCCUAUUACUUGCUCUCUGUGAGCCUGCAAGCACGGAAAGGUGGCGAAUAGGGUGGCUUCAGUUAGCGGAACGUGACAGGUUACUUAAUGCAACAUACAUCACAGGCUUCUUCUCC